AUACUUAUACAAUAAAUAAUACUGUCUGUGUCGGCAGAGAGAGUAUUUUCGAACCAACUGUUUGGCGUUUAAUGUUUAUGUAUAUCUCAUGAUACAGUGACACGAGAAGCUAAAGGAAUAGUCGUGUUAAACUUUUUUAAUCGUUUUCUCACUGUUGAAACAUGGUCAACGACUGGUCACCAGAACCGCCGAGAGAAGCGGAGGAAGUGUCAUGUAAUAAUUCAGAAAUUGCGCCCUUUGGCUUAACUAGCUCAGACAGCGACGAUGACAGCGUUCAUCCUGAUGGUUAUGAACCACUAACUAAUAUGGCACUUGAAGAAGCAGAGAACGAAGUGACUGAUACCGACUCCUUUGGUGGUGACACUGAAUGGUUUGAGCAGCAGAAUGGUGAUGCGGAAAUAGAAUUGUCAAGAGAUUUAUUGCCACAAGCAAGUAAUGGCAGCAUCUCACAGCUUUGGGCCGGCCCAGCAAGGGACAUUGCGUUGGGAACAGAGGGAGCGGCUGCUGUGCGAGCUGCCAUGGAGGGCUUCAGCCUGCCUCCAACUGCAGUGCCUGCUUGGGCAUCCACCGUUCCAGAGGAGCAGUGGACAGACAUGCUGCGACAGCGGAUUACGACCUUGCAGCAGCACCGACAGCAGCGACAGACACAGGAAGAGUCACCUUCUGUUUGAGUGUCAGUGUGUAAAAGUGUUUGACUGAGAGACCACAGUGUGCAAGAUUCUGAACUCUAUAUGUGAAGCUUUUAAUGGAUGCUCAUUCUAUAGAAAUGUUUGCUGUUCUGGACUUUUAUUGCUUCCUGUAUAGUUGGCUGAGGGGAGGAAUCUGAGGGACUGAUUUUAUUUUAGUUUUACAAAUAUCGGUUGUUUGCAGACAGCUUUGUGAACAGACUGUGCAAAUAAGCUGUAUACACACAGUAGUAUAUAGAACCUUCUCUGACCAAUCAUUCAUUAUAUGCCAUGUUACACAAAUAAAAUUGGUGAAUAUAUUGUAGUGUUUGGUCCAAAUAUUUAAAAGAAGAAAUCUAAAGAAAAACUGGCAGUUCAGUAUUUAUGUCUGAAUGCUAGUGUGAACGUAAUUAUCGUUGAAAUUCUCAUACUGUACUGAAUGUUAGAAGUUGUUGGAAUUGCCAUUUUGUCAUGCGUGGGGAAAAGCGGUGGAAAACAUUUUUUAUCCAGGCAUAAAGUUGAAAACCAUCAUGCCUCCUUAAAUGUGUUAAAUAAUACAGUAAUAUUAUUCUCUUCUUUCUUCAUCUGCAUUAAACAAAUAGUAUCAACAUUUUGUUUCAUCUGCGUUAAACAAAUUGUAUCAACAUUUUGUCAUACAGUUGUCAUCAUAUGCAGUUAGGAUUAUUUAUCUCUACUUUGGACAAAUUAGGUAUCAUAAUUUAUUUAUGAGCAGAAAUAAUUUCCGGCUAUAUUAAUGCAAUAUUUAUUUUGUGUACUGGUGUUUUGAUUUCAAUGUCAUUAUUAGAGGUGCUUAUAAAACAUCUCAUAUGAAAAGCGCGUUGCAAAAUUCAUUAAAUAAAAGUGAAAGAUAGAGUAAUCCUUUUGUGUAAUACAAUAAGUUCAUAGAUUAGAUUUUUGUGAAAACUACAGUACCGCUCAUUAAUUUCAUUAAACAAUGGCUGUUAUCUGAUAUUUAAAGUAUGACCACAAACAAAGCUUUAUUCCUCCAAAAAUAUAAUUAUAUACACAUAUCCAUGUAUAAUACAAACAAAAAUAUUACACUUUACUUUCAUCAAAGUAUUCUCCUCUGGAUUAAAUGACUACCUCUCAAACUUGAGGCAUGUAGUCAAUAAGUUCUUAUAGGUAUUGAGAGUCUGUAUGAUUCCACACAUUCUAAAUGACAUUCCAGAGAUGUUCCUUGCUUGUUAUGUGAAAUUUUUGGAUAUGUCUGUCGACUAACUACACUCCAGACCAUUUCAAUAGGAUUAUAAUCAGGGCUUUGGGACGGCCACACCAUACCUUCCUGUACCUUGUGUUUUUCCUUCGGUGCAAUGUACUUCUUAUAGAACAUCGACCAAUGUUCAGGUCGUUAUGCUGUUACAAUGUGAACCCUUGCCCUAUUAAGUGCCACGUGUGUGGUAUCAUGGGAUAUUGAAGUAAUGUGGUGGUAAUGCUUCUGGUCCAUACACCUGUCUGGUUUCACAAUGUUCCCAACUCUGGCCGAGGCCAGCCAGAGACAGUGGUCAUGUGUGUGGGAUUUGUGCUUGCAUGAAUAUGUGUGUGUGUGGUUUAAUCCUAAAGAAUGCCUUUUGGUGAAAGCUUACUUGUUAAGUCUUCCUAUUAUUUCUGUCUGCGACCUAACACCAACAUCUCCACUAUAUGGUAUCAGUACUGUCAUUAUUCCAUCCUGGAUUUUCUAUUGUUUCUUAUUAAAAAUGAUGCAUUUUUGAGACAUCUGUAAUGAGGUUCAUCAUUUGAGCUACAAAUAAUAAUAUACAAGUAUAAAUACGAAAACCAAUAAAUGCAGUGUGCUAGCAUCACAAACAAACCAUCAUGGCAGCUGCUCACUCUGCUUGAACUGUUAGCCAGUCACAGCAUUAGACCCAUGGCAUCGCGAAAACAUCACUAUUCCGUCUUGUGAACUCAUAAAUGCCAUAGAUUGAACUCACACAAAACAUUAAAACACUCAUGUUUGAAUCUGAAAACACAAAAAAUAACAACCCUUAAACUACCAUUGGCCUCAGAGGCCCAUCCAUGAUUUUUAUCAUUUUGGAAAAUAAUUAUAAAAAUUUACUUCUGGAAUUGUCUUCAGUGUUGGUUCACAUUUCCUCUCAUAAGGACCCCGCAAACGUGUGUGGUUAGAAGCAAUUUUUGAAUAAUGAGAUGUCUGUCUGCACAGCAUCUGUUACAUUUGCUAUUGUUGACUGGCAUUGAUAUUCUUUCAUUGUUCAACAGUCCUCCUACUGAGAAACACGUGUAUUUUGGUGCAUUAUUUCAUACCUGUUGGCUUUUCUACCAACUGGAAAAUUUACAGAGAAGAAGACUAUCAGAUGAGGAGAUAAGGGCAUUAGUGGAGCAGUUUCUAACUCUGAAAACCCACCUAGUGAAUUUGAGUUUUCCAUUGAUAACGAUGUCGGUGGUGGUGGUGGUGGUGGUGGUGGUGGUGGUGGUGGUGUAGCAGAAAAUUUAAAAUCUAGCCCAAUUCUGUUCCACAUGUCUUAUUGUGUUCUCAUAAUGGGAAUGAAAUAUGAGCUACAGCCCCUCAGGCUGGAAUUUCUGGUAGAUGGAGCAAAAGUGAUGAUUUGAAAGAAGACCAAGGACCUACAAAGUGUUCGAUUAGGAACUGUGAUAAUGGAGGGUCUUGUUAUAUGUUUUUGUUUUUCAUACCCUUCACUGAGAAAGCGUGUAUGUGGACCAACAAGGUAGGUUGAAUCGCGUACAAGAACUGGGUAGUUAGAGAUUUGCACAAAAUGAAAAAAAAUUCUUCAGGUUCUGAUCCUGACUAGUCUUUAUAAGUCAAGAAAUGAAGGUGUCAGUCAGUUUUGGAGAUUUGAGAAUGGCCGAACCGCUGUUCAAUGAAAUUGUCGUGCAGCCAUUUCCAUGCUACUCUGAGGAUGUUGCACUUUGACACUGCAGCAGCCCGAUGUGAACAGGGCCUGAUCUAGAGGUGGACAACCCAAACAUUUGCCCAGGGUGCCACAAUUUUGGCUGUAAGUGUGAGAAAAAUGUUGAUAUGUUCCGUACUCAAUCAUUUAAAAAAAUUACAACUUGCAAAUCUAAAAAGUAAGCUGUAGUCAUGCGAGUAGUUUCUGUCAUGUCAGUUAUCUACAAUUUCAUAAUUAUGAUAACUCCUCUCGCUGUGUGGUCUGUUAUGUGCGAUCGAGUGUGUCUGAUUGAUUUUCACAGUUUACUGAGAUGGCAAAGGGUCUCUGCUCCCUCUGAGAUGCCACUUUCACAGUUGUGUGAGCUAUUAUGUGGCUCACAGCAAAACAAGCAGCAGCUUUUUUUUUAAUUUAAGUACAUGUAUAAUCCAACUGUUGUUUAGUUUGAUGGAUACUGGUUUAUUGUAAAUAGAUUGUCAGAUUGAAACAAUAAAAGCAUCUUUAAAUAAAAUAAAUCUGUAAUUUA